AUGUCUUUACGUUUACAAAAACUUGUUUAUAAAUUCAUUGUUAAAACUACAUAUUAUUAUUCCCUAAUAUUGGGCAUAACACCGGGGUUGUAUAAUUGGUCUACAAAUAACUUUAAAAUUACCAAAUUAUAUUUAAUCUACAGUGCUUUAAUACAGCUAAUAUUUCUGGCCAUUACUCCCCUAACAUCGCCUUAUGUGCAACAGGAAAAUAAUUUCAUGGAGAACAAACCCAUUUUGCAAUGGACCUAUUUGGUGGGUAAGGUGGCCAGGAUAUUAACAAUUGUGGUUAUAAGUGGCAAAAUGUGGCUGGCCAGGCAAAGUUUAAUUAAAAUCUGUGUAAAAUAUAAACAAUUUUUGCUGAAAUAUGAUGUAUUUUUAAAUCACUUGCGCUGCAAUAUAAUUAACGAUUUGGAAAAGGAGGAAAAGCGCGUACAGCAAUUGCUAAUUUAUAAAUUUGUGUCUUUGCAUAUCAAUGCUCUGACCAUACACACAAUGUUUAUACAGAUGCAGGAGGAACCGGGUCAGGCCUAUUUUAUUAUGGUUUCUCUUAAUCUAAUGCAAACUUUUUACUUGCUGGUGGCUAAUUUACAAUUUAUGCUGAUUUUAAGUGAAAUUCGUUUAAGCUUCUUUUACAUUAAUAAAUCGCUGGAAGUUAUGCCCAGCAGAGGAUUUCCCGGCCAUGUUAUGUUGAAAUAUUAUUUGAUAUUUUAUGAAAUGUACAUGGAGUGUUAUGAGUUGUCUAGUCUCUGCUUUCAAGCUUGUAAUGCUGUCACUUUUUUUAUGCUAAUCAAAAUGUUCACCACUAAUAUUGUGAUUUUAUAUCAUGCCGUUCUGGUGAUUAUGAGCAGCAUUCGUUCUGAUAAUGUGGUGAAUUUGGUUGGUACUUUGUGCAUUGUGAAUUUCUAUUGGGAUAGUUUUUUGGUAACAAUGGCCGUGGAUAAUGCUUUGACAUCGUGCAAUCGAACAAUGGAGAUACUAAGGGCCUCUUGGAUUACGUUGGAAGAUGUGAGAGAUUUAAAGAUGUACAAGAAACUAACACAACUGCUCAACCAAUUCAGCGACUAUUUGGCCUGCAACAAACUACAAUUCUGCAUCUAUGGUCUGGUGAAUUUCGAUAAAGCCUCUAGUUUUCAAUACUUUGUGGCCGCCCUGCUGCAUUUGAUUAUAUUGGUGCAAUUUGAUUUGAAAAAUCGCCUGCAGGUGGAAAAUCAAACACUUUAG